AUGGGAUCAUAUUUGACUAAGUGUAAAGAAUGUCUUUUUCUUUUCAAAAGUAAACCCUCUACUUAAGUGUCUUCACAUUAAUUAGUGAAUUUAUCCAAUAAUCCUGCAGAGGAGAGUUAAGGAAAAAUACAGGCAUAAUAGAUAAGUUAAAUCCAUCCAAAAUUUAGGUAUUGCACAAGAUCAUACUCAUUCUAAUGAUUAAUCAUUAUGUUAAGCAGAAAAAAAUGAUGAAAAAAAUGAGAAUGACCUUACAUUAGAAACAAUUACCAAUAAAUAAUUGCCAAUCGUAAGAUCACCUUCAAUAAAUUAAACAGUUUAGUAAAAAGAUGAAGAUAAAUUUAUUAUAAAAUAGUAAUCUAAAUAAAAUUUGAAUAAUGUAAUACAAUAGACAUAAUAAUAAUAAUCAGUAGAAAAUUGGAUGAUGUCUUUCUCUAAUAUUAAUACAAUUAGAAUUGAUGAUUUAACAUUAUAUGCUUAAGAAGCACUUGAAAAAUUCACAGAAUUAGUUGAUAUUAUAGAUGAUAGUGAUACUUACAUUUAGAAUAUCAAUAAUAUUGAAUUGUAUUUUUCACAUUAUUUCAUGCAAAAGAUUAUGUUCAUUCAGAUUAAGUGUUUAUAUAAAUAUUAUAAUAUAGGUUUCAAUUUGAUUUGAAUACAGAUAUUAGUAAAUUUCUCAAAUGGUCAAAUACAAACUCUUUAUUUGAAUUUGAUUUGUUUGAAAAUUAUUAAUUAAUACCAAUUAAUGAAUAGAUGUCUAUAGGAGAAUUAUAAUUAAAUAAACAUUCAAUGAUUAAAAAACAAUUGAUUACAUACCUUAAAUAUAUAGAAUUGCUUAAUGAAGAUUAUUAUAUUGUUUUUAAAUCAAUACGAUUGGAAGAUUAAUACCAAUCUAAAAUGUAUUAUUAUUUAUAUAUUUAUUCAGAUUUAAAAAGGAAACAUAAUUAUAAGAAGGGAGAAUAUUAUUAGGAGGAUUGAGAAUAAGUUAGAAAGAUGGAAAAUUAAUAAUUAGAGGAUAUUUAGAUGGUGAUUUUAAAAUAAAAGCUGGAUUCAAUUUAACAAUUAAGACUCUUAGAGAAAAAGUUAUUGGAUGUAUCAAUAAGGUGAAGGAUUUAUUUAAUUGA